UAAGUCCACACUAUAACUUAUUAUGCAUUAAAAUUUUCUUUCACGAUUCAAUAAAAUUCAUUAUAUUAGAAGGCUAUGAAAAUUAAGAAUUAAUUCAACGCACGUGUGUACCAAUAAGCAUGCUCAUCCAUGCUUGGCAAUCUGUCCUACUAAAAUGCCAGCUGUUCCAUGCAAAAGGCCACCUCUUGACACAUGGCUCAAGUUCUAACACCAACGAGAACAUUCUCAUCUAUAAAACAGUACCCCAUAUUCAUGUCGGAAAAAGAGAAGAAAACGUAGCUAAGCUCAGCCUAAUGUCUCCUAAAUCCACCGAUGCUUCAACACCGCCACUGCCAUGGGAGGUGGUUGUUCUUGUGGCUCACAAACUGGACCCUAAAACCCUAGCCAUUGCCUCGUGCGUUUCAAAGUCAUGGUACAUUUCCAUGUCUUCUGAUCACAAUUGGGACUCCCACUGCAUCACUCAAUACCCUUCUCUUGCUCGACUCAAAUACACAAACCCUCUGAUCCCUUAUCGCCGACUGUAUACAAUGGGUCAUACGGCGGCCAAACGCCGAGUAAAAAGCCCAUGUAAGCCCCGGCUAUCUCUAGACAACAUCAUAUUUGUUAUCGACCUAAGCACCGAGAAUCAACUCAUCAUCAACUCAGCAAAGUCGGGCAGGGAACUGGAAAAACGAGAACGUAAAGGGGUGUUCAGGUUCGAAUUUGAUGUCGACGUAAACUACGAGAGUUGGUCGUCGGUGGACGAUAAAGUGCUGCUGGAAGGGGUGAAAAUUUCAUGGAAUGUGGUGUUGAAAGGGUGGAGAGCGGUGUUUACGAUGAUGGAGUGCGGGGGGAAAGUGAGAAUUGGUAAAGGCGGUGAUGGGUGGUUCUCGGAGGAGCUGCCGUCUCCAGGGUGUUGCUUCAGUGAUUCGAGGAGUGGGAUGGUGGCAGACAUGAAGGUAGGGUUCAGUAGUGGGAGAAGUAGGAUUGGGAAGGUGAGUUUGGGAAUUUUGAGUAUAAUUAAUUGGAGAUACUUGAGUUUAGAGGAUGGUCUUAGGUAUUUGCAGCAUUAUCUUCUGCCAUGA